UUGUUUAAUAGCUUCUUAAUUUUGAUCUUAUUUUACUCAAGAAAGAGACGAAUAAUGAAGUACAAUACACUAAUCUUAUCAUUAUUAUUAUUUUUGUUAAGUGCAAAUGCAUGUCCUAGGAAAGAAGAUUUGCUCCCUUGCAUUUGUGAUGGGCCAGAAGUAGAGGGUAGCGCUUACAUCACUUGUUCCAAGCUGGAAAAUGAUCAAGAAUUGACAACUUCAGCCAAAUCACUAAUUGGAAAAAAUUACAUCUAUUCAAUUACCAUUCAGGAUUCAGCUUUCAAUUACAUAUCUUCAGGUGCAUUUAAGGGGUUAAAGUUCGUCGAAUUAGAAAUUAAAGACUCCACUUUGAGGGCUCUGACAGAUACAGAUGUGGCUUUUGAGGGUUUGGAAGACCAUUUGGAGAUUUUUCGAAUGGAGAAUUGUGAUUUCUUGAGUGAAUGGGACUGGUCCAUGUUUCGGAAGUUGAAAAAACUAAGUACAUUAGAAAUAGAAAAUGGCGCUUUGGAGAACAUUGAAGAUAUGGGAAAGAUAAAUUUGGAAAAUUUGAAAACGGUUAGUUUUGCGGAAAAUAAAAUUAAUUUCAUUGAUGAUAAAGCCUUCUCUAACUGCGAGAAACUAAUGAUUGUUGUACUCAAAAAUAAUAAAAUAUCGAUAUUGAAGAGAACAAUGAUUCCUAAUCCUGCACCAGAACUUAUACAUAUAGAUUUAAAUCACAACGAAAUUGAACAGUUACCUGACGAUAUGUUUAGCAAUAUGCCGAAAUUGGAAAAUCUCAGCAUUGGUGGAAAUAAAAUACUAGUUAUUGGAGAAACGAUAUUUUCGUCUAUAUGGAGUCAAUUGGAAACUUUUGAAGCAAUGGGAAAUGAGCUAAGAUGUGAUUGCAGGAUGACUUGGAUUUUGAAUACAAAGCAGCCAAAAGCUAUACGAGCUGCGUGUGCAAAUCCCCAAGCCUUAAAAGGGAGGAACAUACAAUCGCUUACGUCGAAAGAUCUGUGGUGCAUUUAUAAAACAAUGUUGUUAUUCAAUGUAUUUAUUUUGUUUAUAUAUUGCUUCAGUGCAAGUGCUUGUCCUAGACCAGAAGCUUUGUAUCCCUGUAUCUGCAAUUGGGAUGAAACGAGCGACAACUAUUGGAUAACUUGUGAUAAAUUGGAGAACAAUCAGGACUUAAUAACUGCAGCCAAAUCGCUUAUUGGGAAAAAUUACAUUCUGUCCUUUUCCAUUCGAGACUCGGUAUUCACUUUUAUAUCAUCAGAUACUUUCAAAGGACUGAAGUUUGCUGAGUUAGAGAUUAAAAACUCUACUCUUAUGGCCUUGACAGACAGUGAUUUUGCAUUUGAAGGUCUUGAAGACCAUCUAGAGACUUUCAGAAUGGACAGUUGCGUACUUUUAAGCGAAUGGAGUUGGUCAGUUUUAAGUAAAUUGAAAAAUCUUAAAAUAUUGGAAAUCAAAAGGGGAGUGCUUGAGGAUAUAGAAGAUUUGGGAAAAAUAAAAUUUCCGGUUUUGAGAACUGUUGACUUUUCUUACAAUAGAAUUAGUUUUAUUCAUGAUGAGGCAUUUGCUAGUAGCAACUCCUUGAAAUAUGUAAAUCUUAAGAAUAACGAGAUUUCUACACUUAAAAGGACAAUGUUUCCUAAUCCUGCGUCUUCUCUUGCUGGUCUGAACUUCAGUUAUAACAAGAUUGAACAGCUUCCAGGUGAUAUCUUUAGUAACAUGCCAUUUUUAAGAGUAAUGGAUCUUGGACACAAUGAAAUACUGGUUUUAAGCGAAGCAGUGUUUAAGCCAGUGUGGGAUGGACUUGCAGAGUUCCACGCUCUUGGAAAUGAGCUCAGAUGUGAUUGCAGAUUGACUUGGAUUUUAAAGAUGAAGAAGCCGCAAAUCAUCGAUGCGACCUGCGCCAUGCCCCAACCACUAAGAGGGAAGAGUUUAUCAUCUUUAAAAUCAAAGGAUUUAUGGUGUAUUUAAUUGACAAAAAAGGAUGUUUCAUCUUAUUUUAGAAGCAAAAAUUACCCAAAUCUUUUAGUAUAGAACUAAUGUAAUCUUCUGUAUUUAUCAUAUUUUUUUAAACCGACAAGUGAACAGAAACAGUGGUGAUAUAAGUGUAGAUGUUAAUGCUGCAACAUAAUUAUAUAAAAUAUUGAGCGUUA